AUGGGCAAACAAAAACAUAUUACGUCGUUUUUUAAUAAACGAAAAGACCCAGAGAAAGAUACACCUACAUCUACUGGAGAAGAAGGGCCUUCUUACAUUCAAAGAACGAAUGAUGGAAUUCCGUCCACUGAGGAUGGUAUAACACAAGAAGAAGUUCCUGCAACGCAUAAUAUCAAUAUUGUGGAUAUUGGUAUCAAUUCUCUAGAACGUGAUCCGGGAUUAAGUCCACCAAUGUGGGUUUAUCCAGUUGGAAAACGAGAUGAAAUACGAAGAGCUUAUAAGAUUUUGAAGGUCUAUCAACCUCGCUUGAAAAGAUACCCAUUGUCGGGGCAAAUACAACAUCGUCGUAGUUUUCAAUGUGCUUGGUUUGAUACGUUUCCUGACUGGUUAGAGUACUCACCUUCAAAGGAUGCUGCAUUUUGUCUACCGUGCUAUUUAUAUUAUGAAAUACCUAAUUCCCGAAUGGAAACCUUUACAGUAAGUGGUUUCAAAAAUUGGAAAAGGGUGAAUAACGGAAAAGAUUGUGCUUUUCUUACUCACAUUGGAAAAGCUUGUCCUUUGAGAGGCCAUGAUGAGUCUAUCCAUUCAGAUAAUCAAGGAAACUUUCUUGAGUACAGGAAAUUUUUUGCCUUGUACAAUAAAGAUGUUGCCAAGGAAAUAAGGCAAGCUCCAUAUAAUGCUAAAUACAUAGCUCCUUCAAUUCAAAAAGAGAUUCUUCAUAUUAUAUCUUGUAAGGUUCGUAAUUACAUCAGAGAAGAAAUUGGAGACUCAAAAUUUUGUAUCAUUGUUGAUGAGGCUCGAGAUGAAUCAAAGAGAGAGCAAAUGGGUCUUGUUUUGAGAUUUGUUGAUAAACACGGGUCAAUUAUGGAGCUCUUCUUUGACCUUGUACAUGUUUCAGAUACUACAGCGGUAACCCUCAAAGGUGAGUUAUGCACUGUUCUUGCUCGAAAUAAUUUAGCAAUUGAAAAUAUACGUGGGCAGGGUUAUGAUGGUGCUAGUAAUAUGAGAGGUGAAUGGAAUGGGUUACAGACAUUAUUUCUUUCUGAUUGUCCAUAUGCUUAUUAUGUGCACUGUUUUGCACAUCGCUUACAACUUGCGUUGGUUGCUGCCUCUAGAGAUGUCAGUCAUGUUCAUCAAUUUUUUUCUCACUUGAGUUUCAUUGUCAAUGUCAUAUGUGCAUCUCCUAAACGACAAGAUGAAUUGCAAACAACAAAGGCAAUUGAAACAGAGUUCUUGUUAUCUAUUGGUGAGCUGGAGACCGGCAGAGGAGCUAAUCAAAAGGGUACUUUGAAACGUGCUGGUGAUACACGUUGGGGUUCACACAUUUACUCUAUUCGUAGUUUGAUUAAAAUGUAUGAUGCAAUAGUGUCUGUUUUGGAAAAAAUUAAGGUUGAUAAGUCUUGCAAUUAUCAUUAG